GUAUAUAUGAGUGUAUAAAUGCAUUUGUGUGGAUGUAUAUUGUGUGUGUGUGCCAAUGUAGAUAUUAUAAUAAUACCUAGCUCUUAUAUAUAGCUUUGUGUGUGCAUGCAUAUGUAUAUGUGUGUGUGUUUUCCCAUGGUAAUCUGCAGCCAAAUUCUCCCAAUCUUGCUCACCUUAAAUAGCAAUUCCUCUGUGAGUCAGCCUCAUUUAUCUCAAUGGAGCUACCUGUGAAAUAAGAUGCUACUCACCAUGAGCAAGAGCAGUAGAUUUGGGGCCCCAGGAUAUGGCUACACUGAAAAUAAAAAGCCCACAGCAGCAAGUCUCGGAGCAUGGGCCACUGACUCGGGCUCACGGGGAUUUGUGCUAUGUGGCUAAAAAUAGCAGUGUAGAUGUUCAGGGCGGGGGCUAAAACCUGUUGAGAUGGAGGAUCUCGGAGCCCGGGCUCCCGCCUGCAAAAUUUUCUGGUGUAGUUAUCCCUUUCUCAUCAAGAUGUUGAUGGCUUUGAAAUGUUCUGGAACAGCUCUUCUAAGGCCAGCUUGUGCUUUCCUUACUCACGACUCACUGAGUAGCGCCUUGUUUCUGUGUGAUGUCCCAUGAUUUCAGUGUGUGGGGGGACUUUGGAGUAAAGUGUCUACUCAGCAUAAGAAUGGGGAAUUGGCCUCUCUGGAUCUGAAGUGGUUUGCGAGGCUCGGGGAUCAUACAGUGCAGGUGAAAUGAAUGAAUGCUUAAGGUGGUGAAUGGAUGGCUGGAUAGAUGAGAUUGGCAGAUCACUUGCAGCCUAAAGGCAUUUAUCAACUAACAUGGAAGUAUUGUUAUGUUACUUUGUGAUGAAUGCAUCUACUUACUAUUAAUGUAUUACGUAGCCUGCUAAAUCUGUAUAGUGCUUUAUGGAUAUUGAAGACAUCUGAUUCCUCUUCACCCAGCGCAUCAUGGUUUUAUUUGUCUAUUUAGAUUGCCAGAUGCUUGUGGCAGUCACUGUAUCUUCUUCUAGGUUUUGGGCAGAACCUGCUAAAACAAUAAAUCAUACAAUAUUCUAAUCUAUUGAUUUAUCUGGGUUUACUAAUCUAUCUAUUCUUAUCUUUGCGGUUGAUAUCUCCUGGUUUACUUCUCUCACUCUCUCUUUUCAGUAUCCUAAGAGUACAAUUUUUUUAAUGGAUGCUAACAAUUUACCCCUGAGUUAACUCAUUCUGUUUCACAUUACUUUGACUGUGUCUCACUAUGAUUCCAGUCCUUUCAUUCCCCUCUGCUCCCUCACUCCUACCUUAGCAGAUUUGAUAUUUUUGCCUGCAGAUUAGUAAAAAGAAGUGGUUGGAAGGAGGGGCCUACCACAAGGCAGAUGUUCCUAAAUCCUGAGGUCUGCAUUUCAUGUGCGGAGCUGGAUAUCUAAGGGUUGUGUGACCUUGCUCUUGUCCCACUCUUCCACCCCCUCCAGUCUCAGGAAGGAUGCUAGCCUCAUACACCGCAGACCAUUUACUUAGUGUAGCAACAUCAGGCUGUGCAGAUUAAAGCCGUGAAUGACAGGUUAACCCCUUUCCCAACCUGUUUCACUGGCCCACUGUCACGGUCUCAGGUUCUCCACAUUCCAGGCAGUAGCGGGUCCCCUUUAUUACUUCCCAUCCCUAGCCAAGCAAUGAACCCCUUGUGGAAAGCCCCAGGGGCUGGGCAAAGCCAGGAGACCCUUCAUGUAAUUCAAGUUUUCUUUCUUCUUUUUCUCCCUCCCCACCUCCAACCUUGCCCUCCCCCCAGGUAUUCACAAGUGUCAGAGGCUGCCUGCUGCCUCUCUGAGGAGUGGCAUGUUAAUACCUCUGGCCCAAGACUCUUGCCUGCCACUCUGCCUCCAGUCUUCUGAGCAAUCAUGGACAGGAUUUUCUCUGGCUUCUUGCUCUCUGCAUUUCUUCUCUUCCAGCAUCACGGCAUUUACGCUCCCCCUCAGCCCAGAGGUGCUCUGUGUAGGACGAGACCCUCCGACCUGGUGUUCAUCAUAGACAGCUCCCGGAGCGUGCGCCCCAAUGAAUUUGAGCAGGUCAAAGUUUUCUUGUCCCAGGUCAUCGAGUCCCUAGAUGUGGGCCCCAAUGCCACUCGGGUGGGGGUGAUCAAUUAUGCCAGCACAGUCAAGAACGAGUUCUCCCUCAAAACCCACUGGACCAAAGCCAGCCUGCUGCAAGCAGUCCGCAAGAUCAAGCCGCUCUCCACGGGCACCAUGACGGGCUUGGCAAUCCAGUUUGCCAUCAAUAGGGCAUUCAGCGACUCAGAAGGGGCCCGUGUGAGGUCGCCUGAGAUUAAUAAGGUGGCGAUCAUUGUGACAGACGGACGCCCCCAGGAUGGUGUGAAGGAUGUAUCAGCAAAGGCAAGAUCCCUUGGCAUUGAGCUGUUUGCCAUCGGCGUGGGUCGAGUGGACAUGAACACUCUUCGGCAAAUGGCCAGCGAGCCGCUAGACGAGCAUGUGGACUAUGUAGAGAGCUACAGCGUCAUUGAGAAACUGGCCACGAAAUUUCAAGAAGCCUUCUGUGAUCUGUCAGACCUCUGUGCCACUGGAGACCAUGACUGUCAGCAGAUCUGUGUCAGCACACCUGGGUCAUACACCUGUGCUUGCAAAGAGGGCUUCACAUUGAACAAUGAUGGGAAAACCUGCAGUGCCUGCAGUGGUGGAUCUGCCACUGACCUUGUGUUCCUGAUUGAUGGCUCCAAGAGCGUGCGGCCGGAGAACUUUGAGCUUGUGAAGAAGUUCAUCAACCAGAUUGUGGAUUCAUUGGAUGUCUCCGAUAAAAAUGCUCGUGUGAGCCUGGUUCAGUACUCCAGCUCUGUCAGGCAGGAGUUCCCACUGGGACGGUACAACAACAAGAAGGACAUCAAGGCAGCAGUGAAAAGGAUGUCCUACAUGGAGAAAGGAACCAUGACAGGCCUAGCGCUGAGGCACCUCACUGAAAAAUCCUUUGAUCCCUCCAGUGGAGCAAGACCUGGCGUACCCAAGGUGGGCAUUGUCUUCACGGAUGGACGGUCACAAGAUUACAUCAGCGAUGCUGCCAAGAAAGCCAAGGAUUCAGGCUUUGAGAUGUUUGCUGUGGGAGUGGGCAAUGCUGUUGAAGAUGAAUUAAGGGAAAUUGCUUCAGAGCCAGUGGCAGCACACUACUUCUAUACUGCUGAUUUCAGUACCAUCAACAAGAUUGCGAAGGAACUGCCGACGAAAAUCUGUGUCGAGGAGGACCCAUGUGAAUGUAAAGCCAUUGUGAAGUUCCAGACAAAAGUAGAAGACCUCAUAAAGUCAUUGACACAAAAACUGGAAGCUGUGACAAAAAGGAUCGCAGCCCUGGAAAACAAGAUCAUCUAAACACCCAGAGCACUAUUAUAUUUCUCCUUCCUAACGUAACAGAAUUGUUCCAGAAGACCUUCAUGCAUACACAGGAGCAACUCAGCCACAGCACUACAUCCAGCUUUCUAAAUUAAAAAAAAAAAAAGAAGGAAAAAAAAGUCUAGUCUAGCUGCAUUCUUUUAAAAAGGAAACAUUAUAAUGUUAGAGCAAACAUCAUAUUAAAGGGCAAAGCACUGUGAAUCACUGUGUGCCAAAAUAUGUUAAUGUCCCUUGCAUCCUAUAGUAUACAUAUAUAAAAACCCAGAAAUAUAUUUUUUAAUCUAAAGCUUAAUAUAUAUAUAUAUAUAUAUAUUGUUACCAAGUACUUGAUUAUGAGUUCUGUGAAUCCUCGCUGUGUUCUUCUGCAUCUUUUGUUUCUGUGCGUACUGUAAUGUUAUUUAAGAAUCAAAUUGGAUUAAAAGCAACUUGGAUCCUGAGCAUGAAACCCUACCCCACAGACGACCGAUGUAUUAUUAUAAGCACAAAGCAUUUAUCAGUAAGUAGGUGAAACUAAGCAGUGAUUGCUGAGUGUGGCAUUGGAGAUGUGCUAGGAUGGGACACUCCUGCAGCCAGGUUCGACCCACAGCUACUGUAGAGUAGACAAAAGUAAGCUCAGUUCUCCUAGUCAACUAAUACCCCUGCAAUGUUUUGGCUAGCCAGCACCUGUCCUAUGUUUGGCCUUCCAUGGUGAAGUUCUGAAUUGCACAAUGAACCCACCCAUACACGGCUUUAUGUCACCGUAGGUAGUGCUACUAGCACCAAUCCCAUGGGAUAUGCCGCUACCUGACUGCUGGGCUCUGUGGUUCCUUCUGUCAAUGUUCUCAAAAAUGCAGUUAUGGAGCCCUCUCUGCCUGCAAGGCACCAGCUCCCUCUCCAGCCCCAUGUCUGGAGGCAGCUCUGCUUUUCAUAUGUUGAUCAUCUCAUUUCAAUGUGCCAGACGUUUAGACCCAUUUCCCUUCCCAGCUGGUGGUGAGCCAGGCUAUACAAACAACCAUCAUGGUCCAGAGGUGUCUGACGUUGUAUGCCACACCCAGUUGUAGUCUCCAUGGCCGAUGAUGUUAAGCAGGGAGUAUCCGGUCUCAGUGACGCAUGCCACGUUACACAUCCCUCCAAAUGUGAGCAUGAGUGGUUAGGUUUGGGAAUUAUUUUUUUUCCUAUAAGAAUAUUUAUUCUUGAGAGUAUGUAAAAACUUUUCAGAAUAACACAAGCCAGUUCAGAAAUGUCACCAUAGACGAUGUUUUUGGAUGGAGGAAAAAAUUAAAAGUUUGCUCAAAUAUU